AUUCGCUCGGAACUCUUCUUGCAUUAUUGUUAACAACUGCAUUUGUGCGGGAUUUUUUUUAUUUUUCUGUUCUACCCAAGAAUUUGAACAGUUGAAGAAGAAAGAAAGAUCAAGAAAGAAACAGGUUGACCUCUGUAGUAUUAAAACAUGUCCAUCCUUGGUGAGCAUCCACAGAAAAUUACAGAGAAAAGUUUGAGUUACCUGUUAAGCCUUACACGGCUUGACAUAGAAAGUCAAUCAAUGACCAGACUAGCAGCGUUAUCAGUCAUUCAACAGUUAAUGACAAUAGACCCUACUGGUGAUGUCAGAACUCUUUUCUUAAGCAAUGGAAUUUUAGAACAGGUUUUAAUGGAAUUUGAUUUUGGUUUUGAAUCUGAAGAGAAUUCCACUUUUCUUGAAGUGUCCUUAAAUAUUUUAUGGAAUUUAUCAAAACUUGCUAUUUGUCCGGUACAGCCCCUUAUUUCUGAGGUGGUAUUUCGUAGACUUAUGUUACUCUUUGAUUCAACAUCUUCAUUUUACACAUUCUCAUCACAAUUUACAUCAACAGUGAAAAACCUUUGCGAAAAUAAACAUUUAGUUGGACAUGUUUCACCAUGUACAAUAUCAGUUAAAGUAAAGGAAGAUAUUACAAAGGCUACAUGUGGUAUGCUUAGAACUGUUAGUAACUUUCCAACUGAGGUGCAUGUCUGUACUUUGUACGACACAAAUGAUCCUGACAAUGAAAUUGAUUUGACAGCUCAUCUUGUUUCAAACAAAUUAGCAUGGCCAUUAGAUACAAAAAGUAAACCUAAUCAACAGAAAGAAGAUGAAUCUGAAAAUGUUUGGAAGGAUGUCAUAGUGACAGAAGUUAUAAGUGGGCCAUAUUUUUGGGCUCAUAUUGGAAUUGAAACAAUUGAAAACAUGAGGAAAAUUCAAAAUCUACUGCUUCUGGAAUAUUCUUCAGGCAGACUUCAUCGACUGUCUUGUGUGAAAGGUGAUUUGAUAGUUGUUGCAAAGGAAAGAGAUGGUGAAGUAUUCCUUUUCAGGGCCGAGGUGUUGUCAAGAAAGCCACAGGAAGUAAGGGCAUGGGCCCUUGAUUAUGGAUUUGUUUUUGAUGUAGCAGCAGACAAUGUAUAUAGUACACCUAACGAUCUAAAUCUACCUCCACAGAUAAAGCUCUGUUUAAUUCAAGGUGUACAAGCACAGCCUAGGGACUCAUUGAUGGUAAAAUUGUCUGGGGCCAUUUUAUGUAAUCUGACACAGAAAAGCAUACCAGCAGGUGAUAUCAUAUUGAAACUUGAUGGUUUUGAGACGUUACAGAAGUUUAUAGAAAUAAGCCCAGAUCAGGACACCAAUACAGAGGUUCUCAAAUUGAUCACAAAUCUGUCAUUUGGUGAAAGAAAGAGAAGGAAAUGGAUAGAAACUGAUAUGAUUCCAGUAUUACUUGGAAAGACAAUGGACCAAACUAAUAAGCUGACUUUGCAGAAUAUUUUAUACUGUCUGACCAACUUAAUCAUCCGAUGUGAUGAGGCAAGAGCCAAGUUUUAUCACAGCCAAGGUAUAGAUACUAUUUUAACAGUCCUCAUCACUUCUCAGAGAAAUUCAUCUGUAUCUCGAGCUGCUAUACAUCUUCUAAAAGCCUUCAUCCAAAGAUUAAAUCAAGCAUCAACAGAAUGUUUACCAACGAACAUGUCAUUGCGAUCAGGAAAAAAUUCAAACCAUAUGAAAUCCGAGAUGGACAAACUACUUCAAGAAAUGUCUGAUGUUCGAUUGAGGAAAGGAGAAAUACAAUAUGCCAUUCCAGAAGACAGACUUAGUCAUAAUUUUUCACAUGAUGAUCAAGAAGCAAUGCGACCUAAACCAGCUGAUAUUGGACAGCAGCCUCCAACUAAGCAGCAGUUACUUGAUAUGAUGGAAGGUAGACACAAUUCAGAUUUAGACCCUAUACCGAUCAAUGCUUGUGCAAAGAGUUUUGACAGCAAGAAAUAUUUUAUAAAAGACCAAAUAGUUGACAUCCAGACAGAUUCACUGCAUGAAUUGAGGCCAAAUAAGACUUUAUCCACUGUAUCUGCCUCAUUAAUAUCCACUCAUGUCUGUGGAAUGCUUAACAAUCGUAAAGGUGGUGAGAUUAUUUUCGGAUUAUCCACAAUAUCAAAGGCAGAGGGAUUAAAGGCAUCUAGGGAUGAUCGAGAUGAGUUUAGACUUGGUGUAGAUAGAAUGAUGACAGAUAAGUUGUCUCCCCCUGCCCUGCAUUCUUUGUUUGAUAUGGAGUACCAUCAGGUUGUAGAAGAGAAUGAAGAUUCAGGAAGAUUAAUACCAAUACCAGAUUUGUAUAUUAUUGUUAUCAGAAUAAAACCAUCAAAAGGUAGUUUAUAUACAAUGAAGAGAGACAAUACUAGUUAUAUCAGAUUUGGUUCUACUACAGCUCUAUUAUCUAUGCAGGAUUUAAGAAAUUUGGUUAUAUUAGAAGAAGAGGACAGAUACAGAUCACAGAUCAUAGAGCUACGUCAUAAAUUACAAGAACAUUAGCAAUAGCUGUAUUUGAGAGCUACGUCAUAAAUUACAAGAACAUAAGCAAUAGCUGUAUUUGAGAGUCCAGUUUCAAUGACAGUGUUAUAACUAGUACAUUAAUAAGACUUCUGAAAAACUGAAUGUUCCUAGGCCGACCUUUAAUUUUAAGUACAUGUGUCCUUUUGUCAAUGCCAACAAUUCUAGUGUUGGACCUCACUAGGGUAAUGAGAAAAAGAAAACAUAACUCUGUUUCUUAAUACUUGUUGUAAAAUUAACAUUUGUGUUCAUUAUUAAGUUGUAUAUGAUUAUUUCUGAAUUGCAUAAAAAGGUUAAUAUUGUUUCACUUCAUUUCGUUUAUCAUGUCAGUUAAAGAAAACCUGAUAAAAACAGUUCAAUUUAUUAAUAUAGUGUUAAUUCCCAUAAAUGACAAGACUUGUGUUAAUUUUACAACAAUAUUAAAUUAAAAAGAAAAUGUAGUUUUUAGGACUGCAGCUAUCAAAUAUUUGGAACAAAAAGCGAAAUACUAUUAGGUUUGUGUAGAAAUUCCACCUACAUAAAAUGUUAUAUGUUUAUCCAAAUACAAAAUUAUGCCAACUUUUUUCUCUUAAAAAUUCUGCCCCCGCUUAUCCCCCAUGAGACUUCACUGUUCAGUGCUUAUCCGAAAGGUUUAUGUUGUAAAUUGCAUUCCAUUUGAUCUCAAAUCUUAAUUUCCCUAAAAUAUUAAUAAAGAUUUUGAAGAACCAAAAA